UUUAGGUACAGAAGUAUCUAUUGCCCAAGUUCUCAAUAACUCUGGGAAAAAAUGGCUCCCUGCAAGUUAAGCGAUUCUGAAAGGCAUUCUCUUGGAAAAGGUCUGAAGAGACGCGAAGGAUUUUCCUGGGGAAAAUGUGUUCAUGUAUAAAGACACAGUCGCUUGGCUGUGCGAUGAAAAUGUAUACUUUCUGGGUGGAGAAUCCAGCACGGAUUGAAAAAAAACAUAUGGCAGAUUGUCAUCAUUCAAGCACUCCGGUGCACCGGAAAAUACGUUUUAAAGAAGCAUAAAAUCGGGAAAGGCUUCUGCUCCGUGGCUGGAACACGAGGAGGUCUACCAGGAGGGGCCAUUGGAGGAGAAACGUCACGUGACAGAGGGGUGCCAAUGUUAUUCUUUAAGGGUGUCAAGACCCUGUCAGUUUGUGAAAUAAAUAUUGGGAAACAACGAAAUGCAAAAAGCGACCUACUACGACAGCUCUGCGAUCUAUGGCGGCUAUCCCUACCAAGGAGCAAAUGGUUUCGCUUACAAUGCUAGUCAGCAGCAAUAUCCUCCGCCUCCUUCCUCGCUGGUGGAAACCGAGUACCAUCGACCGGCUUGCUCUUUACAGUCCCCCGGCGGCGGCAGCAGCGUGUCCCACCAUAAGGCCAAUGAAAUCAAUGAGAGUUGCAUGAGGACCAUCACCGGCCAGCCCCUCCAGCCCCCCGGCCUGGCAGAGCAACCCCAGCAGCCUCCCCCGCCUCCAAGCCAGCAAGCACCGCCGCCGCCGCCGCCCCCCUCUGUGUCACCCCCUCAAAAUGCCAGCGCCAACUCAGCCCCAGCUAACACCACCAAGAGCUCCAUCGUGAACUCGCCCACCAUGUCCAAACAAAUAUUCCCCUGGAUGAAGGAGUCUCGACAAAACACAAAGCAGAAAAACAGCGGUUCCAGUUCAGGUGAGAGUUGUGCCGGUGAUAAAAGUCCCCCUGGGCAAGCUUCCUCUAAGAGAGCCCGCACGGCUUACACGAGUGCCCAGCUGGUAGAACUGGAAAAGGAAUUUCACUUCAAUAGAUACCUUUGCAGGCCAAGAAGGGUAGAGAUGGCUAAUUUGCUAAAUCUCACAGAGAGACAGAUCAAAAUAUGGUUUCAGAACCGCAGGAUGAAAUAUAAAAAGGAUCAGAAGGGGAAAGGUAUGAUGACCUCUUCUGGAGGACAGUCCCCCAGCAGAAGUCCUGUCCCACCGGCUGCUGGAGGAUAUCUGAACUCUAUGCAUUCCCUAGUAAACAGUGUUCCGUAUGAACCCCAGUCGCCUCCAUCCUUCAGCAAGCCUCAUCAGAAUGCCUAUGGCAUCCCUACGUCAUAUCCGGCUCCUCUCAAUAACUGCCCACCACCUCCUCAAAAGAGAUACACCGGAACUGCAGCAGUGACUCCUGAAUAUGACCCUCAUCCUCUUCAAGGCAAUGGUUAUGGCAAUCCACAUAUACAGGGAAGCCCCGUCUACGUUGGGGGCAAUUAUGUGGAUACCAUGGCAAAUUCUGGGCCUUCCAUCUUUGGUCUGACUCACCUCCCUCAUCCUUCUUCCACCAAUAUGGACUACAGUGGGCCAAUGGGCAACAAUAAUCAUCACCAUGGACCCUGCGACCCACACCCGACAUACACAGAUCUUACUUCUCACCAUCCUUCUCAGGGAAGAAUUCAGGAAGCUCCCAAGCUUACCCAUCUGUAAUAUACCAUCAGUUGCUGUGUGAAUCAUCAAAAACCCUUCUACCCUCUUUUUUUUAAACAAAGAAAAGAAAAUACUUUAGGCCCCUCCCCCCUCUAUUUUUCGUUGUUCUUCUUUUCUUUUGGUAAAAAAAGCGUUUUCUAGUUUAUGUGACGUAGCAAUAUUCGUUGCUUGAAUCGCUCUCUAGUUUCAAUAGUGAAUAUUUAUCUCCUUGAACUCUUUGCCUUGUGUGCUCGCUUUGAGAGUAGGCAGGGGCUUUGUACUUUCACUUCGACUCUUUUAUCAAAACAGGGUAUAUGAACAAAUUUUUUUCUAUCCAGACGGUUCUUAAAUGUGAAUUUGUUCGUACAGAAUUGAUCCCAGCCAGGGAAGCAUUUUUAUUUUAAUUGCACUUCUUUUAAAUAGCGAGAAAGAAAUCAAAGGCGCUUGAACUGGGGCUCCCUGGGUGAAAUUAUUAAUACGUGUACGUCUUUCAACGUGUGUAUGCUGGUGAACAUUCAGAUUUAUUUAUAUUUUUUUGCAAACUUUGAAUAAUCUAAGUGUUUAAAUUUUUUUAUUUAUCCCCAUCUGUUCAUAUUUAUAUAUAUAAAGAUAUUAAAAAAACUGUACCCUGAAUAUUCAGGAGAUAUUUACCUGACUGUAUGUUAGAUAGCAUACUUAGGGUAUAUCGUUUGAAAAGGAAACUAGAACUCCUUUAUUUAAAAAAAUAAAAUGCAAUAAAAUCUGGAAAACAAACAACAGGCUGCCAUAGAAACAAAAAAUGGAUGUCUGUAACAACAAACUAAACAGAAAAUCUGUAAACCUGAACAAGAAAAAAAAACCUAGAUUUGUUUUGAAAGUUAUACAUUCCUUGCUGCUCACAUUCUGGAAAAAAAUAAAGUUUUUAUUCUGAAUAAUACAGAGUUAAGACACGAUCAUUUGCUUUUCACAGAGGCGGCGGUUGUGAGAGAGAGAGAACUUAAAGGUCUCUGAGGAUCCCGCCCGGUCAGCUUCUGAAUACAGAAACUCACUCAUUCCCGUUUCUUUGGUUGGGUUCCCAAGCCUUAUAUAAGCAUUCUUCUAUUCCAAAUAACAAAAUAGUGGGCGAUUCGGGGCCCUGGCAAGACCCCAGAUGCGCCCGCCCUUGGUGACUACAGCUGGGAAAGUGCAGGUUUCUGAAUG